CUAAAAUUAUUGCUGUCAAUCGUCGUUUAAGGCAUAAAUUGUAAUUGUCAUGUGACCGACUUUAUUCGUACUAAGUGUUUUUAACUACUCAACUAAGGGAGGUUAUCCAAACUCUUAAAAUGUACUAAUUGCAGUCACAAAAACAUGACCAUUUCCCCUAUAUUUCGGGGCCUUUGUGGACCCUGAUGUGGAUUCUUCAGUAAACCAGCGUUAUUUGAAACAACAACUAGCGUACAGUACCGAAAAGGUAGCAGUGCAUCAGUUGAAUCUUUUUUACCACAAAAAUAACCAGAAGAGUGUAAUUGUUUCAAUAAAAUUUUAGUGAGAGGUUAUAAUUACAGAGUUUUGUUAUGUUUUUUGCUAUAAAUGCAGUUUAAUCUAGCCAAAUCUAUGCUUUUCUGUGUUAUCUUCAUCUACUAGCUAAAAGUAGUAGACACAAGCAAGUGUUUGUAAAUGGGACAACCUUCCAAAAGAUUUUCUGACGUUUUUUGUUUCUAUUUUUAAUGUAGCAGGAUUAGCUGUACAUUCGAGUGUCAAUGUCACAGCAGUCUCGAUAGACUUUUUAAUGUUUAGGUGUGGUUAGAUUACACUCGCAGCUAUUUUUUGAUCACGAUUAGCUUUAGAACUUCCAGUAAAAGCUUUUUUUUAAAGGCAUUACGCCCCUAAGAACGUAACACAUAUUACUGUAAUAAGCGUUCACCCUGUUUUCGCUCUUUGUUAAUUAUUUUACUUUUAAUAAAAAUUGUGGUAUACAAAUUAAUGAAUGCUUUUUGACUAUUUUUUUAUUCAUUUAAACCGAUAAACUGCAAAAUACAAAAUUGGUGGUGGCCGUGUUAGCUAGCUGCAUGAAGGUGACCUCAGGCAGGACCGGACAUAUUCUGUAAUUUUCAUAAGAUUAAAUUUUGAUUUAUUUUUUGUUGAUAUCGUCAUUGAAAAUUCAAAAUAUCUCUUAGCAGAUUAUUAAUGCUUAUACAUGACUGCGGUGGCAACAAGUAUAGUGGACUUUCCGAGAUAUAUAUUUACUUACGAAAAACGUCCGAGCAACGUAUACAAGCAUUAAAUCCUGAAUUGAAUUGUAACUAAAUAUUAAAAGGCUAAAUUCAUUAUUUUCAAUAUACAUUUAUCAAUAUGUUUUUUUUUUUCACUCUCAUUUCAUUGGAACCUUUGAAAAUGAAAACAUGAUGUUGCCUAAAAAUAUUUUGAUCGUUUUAAUGGUAGAGGUGAUCAAGAAAGUUGAUGCAUAUCCACAAUGCGUCAAAGAGGAUGGAAUUCCAGUUGCUGCAAGAAUUUAUAGCAGAAGUGCUAGUACUAUGAAUGAAUGUUUAAAUGAUUGCUAUAGAUACCAAAUGGAACAUAAUAAUAACUUCUACAAUGGGAUAUCUUAUCACCCAAACGUGUGCAGAUGCUUGGCUAACAUGACGGAUAUCAUACCCAUAAGUCCAAAUGGAACAAAAACAUGCUUUUUCGGACCUCGUGUUGAAGAGUUAUCACUGACUUUACUGGAAUUGCCGAAACAAUAUGAGAUUGAAGCGGGAACAACGUUUGAGCACGUCUUUAGCAUGUCAUACACUAAUAUGUUUAAUCCUUCGUAUCAAACACUCAAUAUAGCAUCCAUGCCUAACAAAAAGAGGCGGCCAUCAGCCAUAACUGGAGUCAUUACAAAUUCUAAAGACGGCUAUAAUCUUCCGUCCCGCAGUGGUGGCUGGAAUAAACGCAAAGAUGAUUUUGGAGUACAAUACCAACUCUGGGGGCAUAGAGAAAAUCUUUAUCUGGUAGACGAAGCAAAUAUCAUUGGAAAUCACUUGCAAUAUGCAACAAAUUUUGAGAUGGGAGACUCUUCAGAAGACACUGACAUACUAUUUGUGGCUUUUAUUGUGAAACACCGAACUGAUUAUGGAAUAUCCAUUCGUCAUGCUUUUAUGACUCAAAUGCAAGGAAACGACCAAUCCCGUGCGACACUGCACCCUCUUCCUUGGUUUCAUUUUAACAGAGGUCAAAAACCAUUUGGAUAUACAGAAUCUGUCUCAGACAUACAAAUUAGCAACGAAGGGAAUGCAACGGGAACAAAUUAUACCUUGGAAUUACUUUUUCCCUCGAUUGUUAAUUUGAAGGAUUUGCCUGAGAUAUCUUUUGUGAAGGAUUGUGGAUCGGGUUCCAUAUAUGUGCAAGAAAAUGCAUUGCGACUCACGUUUCAAUAUCUUGCUGUUGCUAUGAACCAUUGCAAACUUAACUUGCGGUGGAAAACCGACGCCAAAGAGUUAAAAACCACCCGCAACAAUAUGGAUUACUACAUUUAUGGUCUUGUAACUUAUUGCCCUUAUCGCGAAUGCAAUUCAGUAGAUAAACGAGCUGAAAUGGAGGAAUUCAAAUGGGCAUUUCGAGUAUAUGGGAGGAGCAAAUUAGAUGAGUACAAACAGUUUCGCAUCAAGAAUGUGAACAAUGGACGAUGUUGGGAUGUACGAGAUGACGAUUACCAAGUCGAAGCACACACUAAGUGCCAAACUGAAUUCAAGUACACCAGUGACAAUUACAUAGUUGAUGCAAACUCUGGCAGAAAACUUGCGCUCUACACAGUUAUUCAGGGCAAAAAGUACGUAUACAAAGCACACGUAUCAGCGGGAAGUCAAUUAUAUUAUACACACGACAACCACAUCGUUCACUAUUAUUCCGAACAUGAUAUCCUCUGCGUAAUGGCAAACGGAACCGAGAUACUAAGAAGCAAUUGGUAUAGCCGAUUAACCACAAAAUGUCCGUCAUAUUAUGGUGUGCACCCAACUGCAAUGAAAAUACUGGAAGGUUGGGAUGAUUAUAACCUUGACAUGAGAUCUGUACUCAAAGCAACAACUCCACUUGGUGAAACCAUUUUUAUAUGCAACCCUGGAGGCGACAAAGGAAACAAGUACAAUUGCUUUUAUUCAAACAAUAGUGGCAACUCGUGGACAGCGAUGGAUGCUCUCAUUACAAAUAUCCGUUUCUACUCGGCUAGUUCCGAAUCUAUUUAUGGGACAAUGAAUCGGGGAAACCGUUUCUUUCAACUGCUACUGGCAGGCGGAGGGCUCACACAUGUAAAACCUCUCAGUGAAGUUGACUACAAUGCUGUGUUAUCACAAGAAACCAACAUUCACACGCAGGCAUUUAACAAUGUUGAUCUGACGGAAGUUAAAGUUCAAAGUGUGUUUGGAUCAGAUGUUCAAGUUUCGUCACAUGGAGUGUACGUUAUGGUAAAUGCUGUCCUCAAGAAAGUUUUUGCAUGGGGAUAUUAGGAGUGGGUAUUUGAACGUAGUUAAAGACGAAUCAGUAAUGUUGUGGACGAUAUUUCUUUUAUCAGGAUUGGUAAACAACGCGAUACGCAAAAUAGACCUUUGUCGUAAUCGAUUUAUAUGGCACGGCGAAUUUAUUUCCUUUUCCAAGAAAGUUUAAAACAUCGACACAAUCUUUAUUACAUUAUUUUUUACAUAGAACUUAAUUUCACUCACUCACUCACUCCUAUUGCUGCACGCGCGGAUGAACUAAUCCGAUUGAUUUUACUUAUCUUUCAAUAGAGCUGUGAAAAUUGAUAGCAUCAGUUUUUCGUGUAAAGUUGAGUUUAAAGUGUUUCCUAUUCGUAUAAUAUUCAUGAAAAUUAUUAUUUCGAAAUUAUUAUUUUAUUUUUCUCAAAACUUAUUUAACAUAACGAGUUUAGCCAAUUCAACCUUUAAUUAAAAACAAAACAAAACAAAAUAUUCUAAAAUUUAGAAUUAGUAAGCUUAUUAUAACCAAGGAAGAAUAAGUUCCAACAGACCAGUUAACAUGGUUUGUAAAAAUUAAUAUUUAAAAAGCAUUUAAAAGCUAAGGUAAAUUGACCUGAUGCAUAGAAAUAGAAUGCGAAUAUAAAUUACUUAAAAAAUUUAACACAGCAGAUCUAGAAAGACCUUGCUAGACAAAAUUUAAUCCACAGGUUGUGUUCUUAUCUUAACGGGCCUCUAGAAUGUAACAACUUGUCAAAAAAAAAUUCGGCCUGCGCAAUCAAAUAAGGACCUUUUAUGUUUAAUAUUUAUAUUCCAUGCUCACAAUCACACAUUUUUGUAAUACGACAAGUCUGUAUUAGACUUUAAUUUUAUUGUUAGACGAAUUUGUUAACGAUUAUUUUCAUACGAAUUUCUCACCAUGUAUAUACAUAAUAUACAUACAUACAUAAUAUAUACACAUACAUAAUAAAAAUUGUAUUUGAACGAUGGCAUUUUAUGUUUAUGGUGAAUUGCUAUGUUGAUAACUCAGUAAAGUAUAUUGACGUUAAAUUUAAUCAAAAACAUUUAAAUGACUAAAUUUUAAUGAGGCAAUAACCUGGUCAGAACCGAAAAUCUUUUUUCAGAAAUUUAAUAAAACGUUUGCAUUGUUGUUAGCAUAUUAUUAUAGGCGACUAGUCGUGAGACCGUGAAAAAUUACACGGGGUAUCGGACGUAUAUAAAUCUCCUGCAAUUCUAUUUCGUGCAAUAUUUGGACGGGAAAUACUUGGACGGGGAUUAAUACUAUGAUUAUAUGUGCCAUUAUAAUACCCUUCUCGAUUUAACAGCCUCCUGGUUUCUAAACAUUGCAGAAUGUUGCGAACGUCAACUAGAUCCAUCUAUUUUCAAGAAGAAGCAAUGGAAUUUAUUUUGCAGAUAUUUAACUUCUGAGUAGUACUUUUCCAUUCUUAACCUCGCUCCCAGGGCUUUAUGUCUCUUGCUGGCGCUGCGUUUAUUGAUAAGCCUGCCGAAAAAGGCCUUGACAGUUAUAACUACGGCCCAUUGAACACACAAUAGACAUUGAGUAGACAACUAGUGACAGUGCUAAAACAAGACGUUAAAAAUCAAGUAGAAAGUGUAGUGCUUUUUAGUGUUUUAGUGUUUUUUCCACAAAAGAAGUUUCCAAUGAAAUGUCUAAUACGUUACUUCUAAACGUGCUUUAAUUCGCCAUAACGCAUACUUUAAUACUUUUUCAUACUAGAUCGUGCUUGACCUUUACAUGUAACAUUUGAAAAGUUGUCAUAUUUGUAAUAUUAGAUGUCAUUAUCCAUUGGCUUAGCCCCAUUAUCCAUUUAGGCAUGUUUGAGCUUUCUUCGGCCCAUUUUGUUAAAAUAUAAAGCCCAACAAGUGACAUGAAAAUAAAGAUAAUGACUUGAAACUGGUUAUAGGAUAUAUCUUUUUAAAUCGAUCUGAUAGAUUAAGAAUGCAAUGUUGUAUUAGCCAUACUUUCUGAGUUACGAAAUUUAAGAAUUUUAAAGGAAACCGAUCAGUUAUUUUUAAAUGGAUUCUAUAAAGGCGUACGUUCAUACUAGGAAAAUGACCAGAUAGAUCAGACAUAUAUUAUUAUAACCCUAUUACAUUCUAAUAUAUAUCUGGUAUGAAAGGGUUAAUAUCUGGCAAAAUACACUAUGACUUAGUCUGUCAUUAAUGCUUUUUUGUGGAAUGUCUUUUCAGGAACAAAAUACAGAAUUGCUUUAAAAAUGUAAUCAGCUCUUCAUCCGUCAUUUUUUAUUCGCGUAAUUUUGGGUACAAAAAAUAUAUUGGACUCUAUUUUCUUUAAUUAGAAAAAGUA